AUGGCGCGCAGGGAGGGCGCCGCGGAGGUCACGGCCCGGCUGGCGGGCGGGCCGGAGGUGCUGGCAGCCCGUGCCGCGACGCCUCCCGAGAGGCCACAUUCGCAGCGGCGCGGCAGCAGGCAGUCGGCCAACACGGCGGAGGGCUCGCUGUUUUCCGGUACCGAGUCUGGACUCGCGGAGUCCGCUGCCGCUCCCGACGCCCUGCCGCCUGCCGGGCAGUCGGCGGCGGCCGUGCGCUCGAGCGAGGACGGCGCCGCCGUGGCGGAGCCCUUCAGCUCCGAACUGGCGCCCCUCAACAUCAACUUCUCCGCCGCGACCAUCAAGGCGCCCUCCGUGUCCCUGGCGAACGUGAUGCCCGCGCCGAAGGUCCUGGACGAGGAGGAGCAGGCGAGGCUGAAUGCCAAGCUGAAGGCCGCGGCCAAGGGUUCGGCCAAGUCGCGCGGCCGCAUUCGGGGGAAGCAGAGGCGCCAGCCUGGAAAGGCAGCGGCGGCGGGGGAGGAAGAGGAUGCAGGCGCGCAGAAAUUCAUCGAGGUCGAGUUCGCCGUGGGCGAGUCGCCUCUAGGCAUCAGGCUGGACUGGUCCAUGGCCCUCCCAGUCAUCGUUGACAUCUUGCCCGAGUAUCCUGCAUCGUUCCGCUACGACCUGCAGUCUGGCCUUGUCCUCGUGGGAAGCGCGAUGGACAGGGAGAUCCGGCCUGGCGACAGCGUCAUGGUGACGACCGACUUAUCCAAGAUGCUCCAGCUCUUCGAAGCCUCGGGCUGCACCUGGCAUGAAGCCAUGGAGGGCAUCAUGGGAACCGAGCAGAAGGUCUUGGAGGUGCGCGAGAGGGGAAGGAUCAUCGGGCUCACAGAGGUCACCCGGGACAGCGGGCAGCAGGUGUGGUUCUACCCCGCUGGCUGCUUCACGCUGCUGUCGCUGAUCCCGCCCGGGGAGCCGCGAGAGCGGGUCGAGGAGCGGCUGUCCGUUCGGCCGCUCGUCCUGUUCUUCGAGGCCCCAGACUGGGCGAGGCUCGAGGAGAACCUCGAGGCCCAGAAGCAGCGCAGCGUGGCCACGCCGCUGAAGAGCGCCCCGCCGCACGGCGACUCCGCGCUCAGGAAGGCCGGGAUGUCGCAGAUGCUCUAUGCGCCGGGUGGCAGGCAUGACCUCUUCAGCCUGAACCCCGAGCGCGCGCCGCUCACGCGCUUCAACACUCGCCUCGAACCGGCGCUCUCCACGGCGACCUCGCUGCCACAGCUGGUGCGCUCCACGAGCGAGACGUCGCUUCUCCUCCAUAGCGGGAGCAUCGACGCGGGAACAAGGACGCACUUCGCCCCGCAGAGUGCUGCACAGACCCUGUCGCCGUGGCAGGUGCAGUCCUCGGGCGCCGGGUGGCGCUCGCGCGCCGGCGCCGCCACGCCUCCGGGCUCGGGGUACGACUCGCCGGCCCUCGCUCUGUCGGGGAGCCUUGCCACUGGCGCCCCGCUGCGGAGCCACGAGCCGGACCCCUGCUACGAGGAGGUCAUCCGGCGCGCGCCCGAGAGGCAGUACGGCCCGGGGCCCCCGAGCAGGUGGGCGCAGCGCCACGCCACGCAGCACACGUGCAGGCUCACCGACCUGGCGCUCGCGCGGCGCAUGCGCGACGCCUACGAGGUCGGCUUCCGCGCGUUCAAGUACCGGGACCCGCCGGGCAAGCAGUGGGAGACGGGGGACGUCGGGGGGCCGCUGAAGCGCGUGGUGCUCUCGGACGGGGCCGACUUGGCCACCUGCGACGUGUGCGGGGUGGCCCUCGCCUCGGCGGCGUCGCCGCCGGAGGCGGUGCAGUUCUUCUACUUCUGCAGGAAGUGCAAGAAGCACGGCCACCGCUUCGAGGUCUGCCUGAUGUGCCACGCCACGGAGGUGCUGCAGGCGGAGGGGAAGCACGCCGCCAGGAGCCUGCAUCCACACUGGCUGCGGUGCGAGCACCACGCGAUGAUCAGGUUCGGUGGCGCGAGCGUCGGCUACGUCGGCUUCCCGCAGCUCCAGAGGGCGUUCUGCGAUUACUGUGGCAAGCUCGUGAAGGAAGAAGGAGACAAGAACUUGCUUUACGUCUGCACGCGAUGCCCGAAAGAGGAGAACGGCCUUCGUUUCGAGCUAUGCCACUCCUGCGCGGUAAGUCUCUCGGAGUUUGGAAAAGGCAUCCGGCGGUUGUUCAGUAACAUUUAG